AGAUGGCGAAAAACGCAAUCUCGUGUUGACAUACGCAACAUUUCUUCGCACCACCAGUAAAUAGUUGGCUUCACUUUAUUUUGCUAAAACAAUUUUCGUUCAAAUAAUUUCAAAAUCCAUGAUCUUUUGUGAAGUCAUCUUGUUUUCCUAAGUAUUCAAAUUAAUCACGGCAUGCUACUCAUGCGUGGAGCAACAUCUGAUUUGAAAGUUAUGGCCGAAUCUGUCGAUGCGGUGUCUCGGUCAACAGCUUCUGUAGUGCAUACCGAACCAAAUUUUCGAAAAACAAACAAAAACACGCCGACUAACAAGAAUAAUAAUACACCAAGUGAUAAUUUCAAGUCUCAGUCGCCAUCAGAAGACAAGGUUAUCAAAUAUGUUGGACUCCCUUGUGAAACUGAUCACAUGUACCACACCAACUUUGCUGACGACUCCAGCAAGUAUCAGGAACUUGCCAACGAAGUUGCACACCUGAAAGAAUUGGUUCUUUUCCAUUUGGAUCUUAUUCAACAACAAUCUGAAUGCAAUGCAGCAAAAGACAAGCAACUUUCUGCUCUGCGACAUGAAAAUGAAAUGUUGCGGCAAAAGUUGGAAAGAAUGGAAAGAAGAGUGCAAAUGCAAACUACAAAACAAAAGAAUGACAUACCUGUUGAGGAGAACCACGCAUCUGGCAAAGUUACAGACUCCUCUCUACUUCAGGGUGGUAAAGUAAUUGUAAGUAACAGUGUUGCCACACGAACACAGUCCAAAGUUUCAGGUAGCUCUGCAUUUCCCAUACCUGAACAGCAAUCCCUCCCCAUCUGUGACAACAUUUCGGCAGUUGAAGAAAUCCCCCGAAAACGUAUCAAAACAUUGUUGCCAGUGCGAACAAAAUCCUGCCCAAGUCCACCUCCGGCCAAACGACGAAGAACGGCAAAAUCAUUAGAAAGGGAAGAAGAUCAGAAACAUGUAACGCAUCCCGAUGAUAACAUCCUAGAUGAUUUGAUUAACCAAGCCGUCGAAGAAGGCGCCAUCAUCAACCUGACCGACACCAAUGUUCCUAGUGAUCAUAUUAUUGAAGCAAAAGUUGUUUUGGAACCCUGUUCUUUACCUGCCUUAUCGACCAUUGGCGCAAAUGAAUCGGCUUCCACAGAAACUAAUGUAUUGGAGGCUCCUAUCCAUUCAGAACACAAGCGGAUUCAGGAAUGCCUGUCUCAAAAACCUCCUGUUCGUGAAUCCGCCUAUCUGAAAAAAGAAGCAUUAUUGACAACCGAAGAACCCUAUUUAACCCAUCUCGGGGAAUGGUUUAACCAACCGGAAGUUUUAACUAAUGAAGCUCAAGUGGAGGUUCCUCGUUGGGUUAUCAAACCGCUUUCCGGACGGACAUCGACCCAUGGAAUCGAAAACUUGGACGAUGAAAUCUUUUCCAAACGCCAUCAGAAGCACGAAACGGAUGAGAAAAGAAGAAAAAGAUGGGAUCUACAAAGGUUCCGCGAACAGCGUCGGUACGAGAAAUUGCGUGCGCGUUACGAAGGCGAAGAUCGGUCGCAGGACCGUGUCCGAACUCAAGCUCCCGUAGAAGUCUCUUCGUCCUCGUGCCUUGGCGCCAAUUGUAGUACACUCUGGGCCGGACCGGAAGAUGUCACCCACGUCCAGGUGGAACCAUGGCUGCCGGUCUCCGUUUUCGGUGCCCCCUUACCAAACGUCGCUCCAGCAGAAUUUCAAUUACCAUGGAGUAGCAGCCGGUCCGGCGAUCUACAAGAACCCUUAACCAAAAGACGUCAACGACGUUCCUAUAAAGCAGACUGAAAACAAAGAAGCAAUGAAUAUUCAUCUUCUAAUUCCUCUCAAGCACCGAUCGUUGAAUUGUUGUUCCACUUAUAAGAUUACAUACACACAACAUGAUCAUCUACAAUU